AUGAAAAUGGCAGCGGCGACUGCCGGCGCCGGUGCGGGCGGGCUGGAGGUGGUGCUCUUCCCGUGGCUGGCGUUCGGCCACAUGAUCCCUUUUCUGGAGCUCUCCAAGCGCCUCGCCGCAAGGGGCCACGCUGUCGCCUUCGUGUCAACGCCGCGGAACCUCGCCAGGCUGCCGCCCGUGCCGGCGCACCUGUCUGCCCGCAUCCGCUUCGUGGCGCUGCCGCUGCCGGCAGUGGAGGGCUUGCCGGAGGGCGCCGAGGCCACGUCUGACCUGCCACCCAACAAGGUCGAGCUGCUCAAGAAGGCCAUGGACGGCCUCGCCGGCCCGCUCGUGUCGUUCCUCGCGGCCGCCGUCGCCGCCGGCAGGAGGCCAGACUGGAUCAUCCUCGACUUCUGCCAUCACUGGGUCCCGCCCAUCGCCGACCAGCACAAGGUGCCAUGCGCCGCGUUCCUGAUCUUCCAUGCCGCCUGUAUUGCCUUUCUUGGGCCGCGGUGGGCGAACGAUGCGUACCCGCGCACGAAGCCAGAGGACUUCCCGUCCACCACCGCCUUCCUCCACCACGAGGCCCGGCGGAUGCUCUCGGACAACUUUGGUGAGAACGCGUCAGGCAGGUCGGACACUGACCGUUUGUGGGAUGUAUUCGAGCGUUGCCGCCUCACCAUCCACCGGAGCUGCCGCGAGCUGGAGCCUCGCAUGUUCACCCUCCUCUCAGAUCUCUUGCGGAAGCCCCGCCGGGAUCCUGCUACCGGAGGCGGCUGA